CUUAACCUCAAUUUUUUGGUGAAAACGGUUAAAGAAACUAUCUCCUUUUUGGGAUUAUUUAUAAGUUUUAUAUGUUUGUAAGUGUUCGGUAUUCUUUUUAUAAACUUUUUACUACUUUUAAUAUUUUCAUAUUAUAAUUACAAUGGGUAAACGAAGUCAAAUUUCUCAUAAACAAAAGGCUAAACCUCACAGUUCUCAAAAUGUUAGUCAAAAUUUAACACAAAGAACUUUGGAGGCAAGUUUUGCAAAUUCCCAAAAUGAACCAGCUGAGUCUUUUGAAGAAACUGUGAAUAAAGUAGUUCGGUAUGUUAUUUAUAAUGCAGGAAGUAAUUUGCCUAUUAGAAAAAUUGAUUUACUGAAGCAUGUAUUACCUGGUAUAGGAAAACGUUAUGAAAAUAUUAUGACUGAAGCAACAAACGUUUUGAAUGAAGUUUAUGGCUUUGAUUUACAUGUGUGUGAUCAGUCUGUUUCAAAUAAACAAUACAUUGUUAUAAACAUUCUUCCUUACAUGCGAACCACUAAUGAAGAUAAACACACUCCUAAAGAUGGAAAGCAAAUCAUAAUUUUGCUUGUAUUGACUCAUGUGUUUAUGUCAAACGAUAAUGCACCAGAAGAAACAAUAUUUAGAUUUUUGCAAUCCUUUGAACUAGAUCUGUCAAUUAAACACGAAUUAUUUGGAAAUAUAAAAGACUUUAUUAGAAAUGACAUGGUUAAACAGAGAUAUUUAUCAGUAAGUGUUGAUGAACAUACAAGAAAAAUCAGUUACUCAUGGGGUACUAGGGCUGAAACUGAUGUUUCAAAAGCAAAAAUACUUCAGUUUGUUUGUAAUACUUACGGAAAUAUUGAACCAUCUUCAUGGACAAACCAAUUCAAAAUGGCAAAUAUACAAAUUGAAGAGCAAAAUGAUGGAUUGUCUAUUACAACUGGAAACACAGCUGACACAGCUGAAGAGAUUGUUGAUAGCGAUUAAAUUUUAUUUUUUUUUAGAGACAACUUUUUAAAUAUUUUUACUUCAUGAUAGAAUAUAUAUCAGGCACAUGUAUACUUAAAUACAUUUUUUUAUUGGAUCACUUUAUAGAUAUUAUGAAGAAUUGUACCAUAUGUAUCUAUAUAAA